CAAUGACAAUACAAUCCCUCAAUUGAGUGUUGACUCAGUUUAUUGAGUGAAACGCUUGAAAUGAGUGUAAAAAGUGAUAGCAAUUGAUGUGACAAUUGUUUUCAUUAAAAUUUGUUAAUCACAUAAACAACUCAAUUGUUUACACCAUUAGUUAGACAUCAUUUGAUUUAAUUAAACAAAAAACAAUAUUUCAUAAAACAUCACUUCAUUUGAUCCCAAAGUCAUGGCCAACGGCGGAACUCUUCAGAAAGCUAUAGAUCUGGUCACUAAAGCCACGGAAGAAGAUAAGGCCAAGAACUAUGAAGAAGCGCUCAAACUAUAUGAACACUCUGUUGAGUACUUUCUUCACGCUAUUAAAUAUGAAGCUCAGUCCGAAAGAGCCAAAGAAAGCAUAAGAGCUAAAUGUGUACAAUAUCUGGAAAGGGCUGAGAAACUCAAAGCAUACGUCCGAAACAAAGACAACACUAAAAACAACAAAAAGCCGGUCAAAGCUGGAGAUUCCAGUAAUAGUAAUAAUAAGGAUGAAGACAGCGAUGAAGAGGAUAAGGAUAAGAAAAAGUUGAUGAAUCAAUUGGAGGGCGCAAUCGUUAUAGAAAAGCCUAACAUUCAGUGGUCAGAUGUGGCCGGACUUGAAGGCGCUAAAGAAGCACUCAAGGAGGCUGUCAUUCUUCCCAUUAAAUUUCCACACCUUUUCACUGGUAAUCGUAAGCCAUGGAGAGGCAUAUUAUUGUUUGGACCGCCCGGUACUGGAAAAUCAUAUUUGGCUAAAGCAGUGGCCACUGAAGCCAACAAUUCUACUUUCUUUUCUGUUUCGUCAUCCAAUUUGGUAUCCAAAUGGUUGGGCGAGAGUGAGAAACUGGUAAAGAAUUUGUUUGAAAUGGCGCGACAGCACAAACCUAGUAUUAUAUUUAUCGAUGAAAUUGAUUCACUCACCAGUACUCGCUCUGAUACCGAAUCAGAAUCUGCUCGAAGAAUAAAAACAGAAUUUCUCGUCCAAAUGCAAGGCGUUGGUCAGGAUAAUGACGGUAUACUAGUAUUGGGCGCCACAAACAUCCCAUGGGUUUUAGAUGCAGCCAUCAGAAGACGUUUUGAGAAAAGAAUUUAUAUACCACUUCCUGAAGAACACGGAAGAGUCGUUAUUAUUAAGAUGAAUAUCGGAAACACACCGAACUCAUUGACUGAACAGGAUAUACGAAUUUUGGCCAAAAAGACAGAUGGCUUUUCUGGUGCCGACAUAUCAGUGCUGAUCAGGGAUGCACUGAUGCAACCGGUUAGGAAAGUCCAAAGCGCUACACAUUUUAAGAAAGUUAGCGGCCAGUCCCGUACCGACCCAAAUGAAACUAUUGAUGACUUAUUGACGCCCUGUUCUCCUGGAGAAAGGGGAGCCAUUGAGAUGUCUUGGGUUAACGUUCCGGGAGAUAAACUAUUAGAGCCGGUCGUAUCCAUGAGUGAUAUGUUGUUAUCAUUGGCUAAUUCUAAACCAACUGUUAAUGAGAAUGACCUCAAAAAACUUAAGUCAUUUAUGGAUGACUUCGGUCAAGAAGGAUAA